AUGCUUCCCACCGCUUUCUUUCCACCGUCCCCUCUGAUUGAGAUUUAUUACCCCUCUGGCGUCGCUUCUUCUUUCCCUUAUUCCUCCACCUGCUUCCCACCGCUUCUUUUUUCUUCUCCAACACCGCCUCCAACACAGAACACUCCGAUGAGUCUGUCUCCACCACUGCAGAAGUCGGAGAGCCCUAAUUUCGUGCGACUCUACUUCGACUACGACGACAUCCACAACCGACGAGUCCUGCUUCGAUCGCUUCUAGGAAGUGGAAUUGUAAUUAUAGCUGAUUCUUCUGUUCAGAUAUUAGAAAUAUUGUUAAAUUUUGCUAAUCGUUUGACUCCAGCUACCACUGCAUUGUUCAGGGAAAAAGACCAUCAACUUGAAAAGAUAUCAUUAUGUUUAAUAGGAUAUGAGGAUCUUCAUAGGUUUUUGGUACUUUGGAAAUGGUAUCACCAAAGCCAUAGCCUGGAAGCUGUAGUAAGGGAGAUUGCAAUUCAAGCUAUUUAGUAGUUUCCUAAAGUAUCUCCUAAUGUGAGACCAAGUAGAUGAAAUGAUUAACAGAUAAGAAUUCAGCUGUGCAAGUAAUUACGCAAAUCAAAUAUUCGAUCAUUUAUGACCAUUUUACCCUCACGGUGCAUCAUUCAGAC